GAAACUUGAGUGUCCGAUAGUUUAAAUAAUUUAAUAAUUUAUUAGUUAUUACUUUAAGUCUGUAGUCACUUUACAAUUCUAUAAUCUGUUCAACAUUCUCUUAACUUUUAACUACAAUUAAUACACAUUGACUAAAAUUAUAAUUUAUACUUAAUAAUGAUGUAUGUGCCUUGUACACCAUGAUAAAAUAUAAUGCAUUAAUGCACGCAAUACAGUACAAUUUUGAAUUUAUUCACAAUUUUACAUCUUGACUGUUUGUUGAUCGUUUGACUGUAGUCCACUUAAAAUGUUAUCGGGAUUGGAAUUUAAGCAUAAUAUUAAGUAUUGAAUCAUUUUAUUGUCAGAAUUGUAAUUAUAUGACAGCUAAAAAUUACUAGAAAUUUUGAGUAAAUACCAACAUUACAAUGUCAAUAUUGACUAUUGUGUAUAAUAUUGUCAAAAGUGUACGUUUUUAUUGUGUAUAAUUUACAGUAGGUAUAUUGUGUUCCUACCUUUAAUAACAGUGAUAAAAAAUCACCCAUGAAAUUGGUUGCCGAUAAUCAGUUUGUUUAGUAGCGGUUGAAAAAUUAAUUUGAUGGUAUUGUGUACAGAGUUAUAGAAUCUUUUUAGGUGUCAUCAUUAUUCAUUACAAAUUGGCAUGGAUCUAAACCAGUCCCAAAACGUCUACUAUGAUUAUUUGUACACAAUAAAUCCAAUUGCAGAACGCAUACGCAAAGAUGUUGACGCUACCAAGGAUGCGUAUCAAUCGUUGUGGCUUGAGCUAACUGUUGAUGAACAAAACAAGAUACUGGAAGAAUCAAUUAUCAGUCCAGAAACUGUAUUGAAGUACUCAAAAUACAAAAAAUCUGAUAAAAAAACUUCUGAAGGUGGAUUUUCUUGGUUUACUAGAAGUCAGUUGGAUCUGUGCAAACAUAUUGAUAGUGUCCGAGAGAACUUCACUGCUAAUGAAUGUAAAGCUACAGUUGUGAAACGAACAGUAACCAAAGAACCGCAAGACAACAAACUCAUCAGUAAAAUCAAAUCAAAUGUUUUAUUCAAAUCACUAAUGCCAACUGAAGACAAAAACAAAGGUGUAAAAAGUGAUAGGACAAAGCCUAAAUGCCCUCCUCCGCCACCACCACCAUCACAAGUCAUAAAUCCUAAGCAAACAAUUCAAGAUUCAAUAUACAAUAAUCUUAAUGAUGAUGAUGAUGAUGAUGAUAUCCCAAAGACAGGAUUUGAUUUUUUAGAUAAUUGGUAACAAUUUACUGUAUAUAUAUAUAAGCACAAUACAAAGGAAUAAAAAAUUGCCAAACAAUUUCGUAAUAAUUUUAUAGAAUUUAAAAAAUAUUUUUAAGAUUUGAGUUGUUGAUCUAUUUAAACAGCUGGUUACUAUUAGAAUUUUUUAUAUAUAUAGACAAUUCUAUWGUAUACUAUUCAUUAAUUUAAUAAUAAUUUAUUAAAUAACAYAUAGUUAAGAAUCAAGAUUCAACAGAGCUAAAAUAUUAUACCUACAUCAAAUUUUGAUCUGUAUAAUACUAUUAUAUUAAUCUGCUUUAUUGUUGUUUAAUUCCAAAAAUACUCUUCCAUGUGAAAACGUGUAUUAUUCAUGUACAUAAUUAUUUAUUGUUACCUAUUAGUUUUUAA